UCGACUGCCUCUGGUAACUCAACUCCGACCAAAAAUAGCCGUGUCGGCACUCAAGGGAAACAAAUGACAACUCCAGGGAGGACGCAUCUAUUAAUCCCCAUUGGUUUGCUUUUACUGAUACCCGAUUGUCUUGCCUCCAAAGCAGAAGACCGUCUAUUCCGGAGAAUAUUCCGCAAGUAUAAUCGGUACAUCAGGCCCGUCGAGAACGUCUCCGACCCGGUGACAGUGCAGUUCGAGGUCUCCAUGUCUCAGCUGGUCAAAGUGGAUGAAGUCAACCAAAUAAUGGAGACGAAUCUUUGGCUUCGGCAUAUCUGGAAUGAUUACAAAUUCCGAUGGAAUCCAGUUGACUAUGAUGGUAUCAAGUACAUCCGAGUCCCAUCUGACAAGAUUUGGAAGCCGGAUAUUGUACUAUAUAACAAUGCUGUUGGAGGUUUUCAACUUGAAGAUAACACCAAGGCUCUUCUCAAAUACGAUGGCACUGUUACCUGGAUGCCUCCAGCUAUUUUCAAAAGCUCCUGUCCUAUGGACAUCACCUAUUUUCCCUUUGACUAUCAGAAUUGUUCUAUGAAAUUUGGAUCAUGGACCUAUGACAAAGCUAAGAUUGACCUAGCGAUCAUAGGGUCCAAAGUAAAUCUGAAGGACUUUUGGGAGAGUGGCGAAUGGGAGAUCAUUGACGCCCCUGGAUAUAAACAUGAAAUUAAGUAUAAUUGUUGUGAAGAGAUUUAUCCGGACAUCACUUACUCUUUCUACAUACGUAGACUGCCUUUGUUUUAUACUAUCAACCUGAUCAUUCCCUGUCUGUUAAUCUCUUUCCUAACUAUUCUAGUUUUUUAUCUUCCCUCUGACUGUGGGGAGAAGGUCACUCUUUGCAUAUCUGUCCUCCUCUCUUUGACAGUAUUCCUGCUGGUUAUCACAGAAACGAUCCCUUCAACCUCCCUGGUGAUCCCUCUGAUUGGCGAGUACCUCUUAUUCACGAUGAUAUUUGUGACUCUCUCUAUCAUUAUUACAGUCUUUGUCCUGAAUGUUCAUUAUCGAACGCCAGCCACCCACAUUAUGCCAGGGUGGGUGCAAAAAGUCUUCUUGGAAAUCUUACCUAAAGUUAUGUUAAUGAAGAGGCCUUUAGAAGAAAAGAAAACUGAGAAACUAAGAAGCAGGCGAAGGAAGGAUACGUGUAUCCAGAAAGACUGUGCCAACCAUCUGGAAUAUGGAAAAUUCGAGUCAGAUGAAGAUCAGACAAAAUCAUUCUGCUUGUACUGCAAGGAGCCCAAGAGUACUGUAACCUCUAACCUGGAAGGACAAAUCAGUCCUCAAUCACUUGAAUCUCUGCUUGGCAUCUCAGUUCUUUCUUCUGAAAUUCAACAGGCAAUAGAGAGUAUCAAAUACAUUGCAGAUAACACAAGGAGUCAGAAUGAAGCUAAAGAGGUUGAAGAUGAUUGGAAAUAUGUGGCUCUAGUGAUUGACAGGAUAUUUCUGUGGGUUUUCACUUUAGCUUGUGUUCUUGGAACUGCAGGAUUGUUUCUACAGCCAUUGAUGGCUACAGAAUAAUUGUGUAGCAUUUGAUACCUAUAAAACUCAUCUGUGUUAUGAUCCAGUGUGUGUUAUAUCAAUGUCACAUGUCACAUCAAAACCUACAUUGCAUGACAACAUUAAAAAUAAUUAAAGAUUACUCCACUGAAAUCUCCGUCUUUAAUAUUCUGGAAAGAUUGACUGUUAACAAAUCACUGUUUAUGUGUGAAACUACAAAUCAUCUAUAUUACUGUACCAUAUCUAAGUCUUGUAGAUCAUGUCCAGAAUAUAUUAUGGGAGAUGUGAUGAAUAUUUCAU